UUCUGUGCACUUGAUAAAUUCACCAUCUUGUUUAUUUAUCAAUAUUGACAAUUUAUCAAGUGUUUCGUAUUCUAUGUCAAAAAUAAAAAGCUUUUUUCUUGAUAAAUUGUCAAGAUGUCAAAUGCCUUUGACAAAUUAACAAAUUUUUGAACGAUUCAAAUUGAAAUUUUAAAGCUGCUUCAAACAUUUCAAAAUUGUGUUAACUAAUUAGUAAAAAUGGAAGAAGAAAUGCUUCUUUUACUAUUAUUGUGGGAAGAAGAGGAACAUGAACAAAAUAGAGACCGCUCGCGUUAUUUAAGGUCCUUGAGGGAUGCCAGUGAUCCAUUUUCCUUGAGUGAGAACGUGUUCAUGCAACAUUUUCGUUUGACCCGCCAAUUGUGCCGGAGUCUUAUUAAUGAUUUGGAACCGCAUGAUGACCAAAAUACCUCAUUGCCUCUUACUGUACGCGUCUUGGCAGUAUUAAACUUUUUUGGCAACGGAUCGUAUCAGAAAUGCGUGGGAAAUAAUUGCAAUUUGCCAAUGAGCCAGUCGUCCUUUUCAAGAAGUUUGCGGGCUGUGACAAAGCUCAUUACAAGGGUUAAAGGCGGAGAAAUUAAGUUUCCCAGUUCGAUUGAGGAAGAAACCAUAAUUAAAACAGGAUUUUUUCGAAAGUUUGGAAUAAAAAGCACAGUAGGAGCAAUUGACUGCACCCACAUCGCUAUUGUUGCUCCGCCGUCUAACAAUGUAGAACGCCCGCUUAAUUUGUAUUUAAACAGAAAGGGGUUCUACAGCAUUAAUGUCGAAGCGGUAAGUUACAAUUUCUUUGACAAAUACAAUUUAUAUGAGUUUUGUUUCGUAGGUAUGCGAUCAUCGUUUGUGCUUUACAUUCCUAAACACAAAAUUUCCUGGGGCGACGCAUGAUUCUGGGAUAUGGGCAACGUCUGACCUACGGGAGCAACUAAUACGUCAGCAUACCAGGACUACUGUUCACCAAAGAGAAUCUUGGCUUAUUGGUGAUCAAGGCUACCCAUUGGAGCCAUGGCUUCUUACGCCAGUAGGAACUCCAAAUAGCCAUAAAGAAGUCAAAUACAACAAAUUGCAUGCGUCUGCUAGGAACAGCAUAGAACGAGCAUUCGGAGUUUUAAAGUCCCGCUUUAGAUGUUUGCUAAAGCACCGAGUGCUUCAUUAUUGCCACGAAACAACAUCACUCAUUGUCGCGA